ACCUCUGUUCACUAAAUAUGUGCUCUGUCGAAGCCGCUAAUCGCCUACUAGCUGCAGGCAGGCAUCAGGUAUUUAAUCAGCUAUUGACCAAUUAACAAAAUAGCUUAUCAAAAUUGUUUCAAUAGACUCUUGUCAAUUAGCAAAUGCAGUAGCGCUGAUAAGUCGGCGGUCCUUAUCUUUACACCUAGAGGAAUCAAACCGACUACGGUAACGAUUCAUGCAUGGAGGAGUAAAAUCGUUAUCUGUGUUGUAGAUAGCUAUGUUGGUCUAUUAUAUUGGUGGGUGGUUGCUAAAGUCGAUGACCCACAAAUCUGUGUCUAUCAGACGAUUUUGUCAGUUCGAUUAGAUUGGUCAGUAGGCCAUCCGUCUUCGUGGAAUCAGGUCCUAUGCAAUUGGUGAAGAUGACUGAAAUAGCGAAAUUAAUGUGCAUUGUGCUAAUGAUCGGGCAAUUGGCGGGCGCCGAAAAUGACACGCUUUGCGAUGACCAACUGCAAGCGUUACUGUUCGGAGUGAGCGUGAAUGAAAGCUGGGCCUUGCAGUUAUACGAUUCUUGGGGCAAGUGGCCUUCGGGGCAGUUUUCCGGUAAUCAGUACGACUUUGGCAAUCACGAUCAGUGUCGUGAGUUUGUUCAUGAACAUGCGAAUGUGGGAACGAUUUCAGGGAGGUACUGUAUGGUGGUCGUGCCACAAACUGUGUCGGAAUCUGUAAAACGUGUCUUCAUUGACACAGGAGAGAUCAACGGAGUGGUCGUGGGUAUGUGUUUCCCAAGCUAUUGCAGUGAACAAAGAUUAAAGCAACCUGUGUCUGUUAUUCUGGAAACCGUAUACCAUGUUGAUUCUAAUAGUCUACAGAUUCAAUGUGAAACAGAACCUGAGGUAUCCAGUGCGGUAAAUAUACUAGCAGUAACGAUUUUCUCUAUGAUUCUGGCAUUUGCCGUGGGAAGCACUGCAUACGAUGUAUUCGCAUCAAUGAAGUCGUUCCAACCAAGUCCUGUUUUCACCGCAUUCUCGAUAUAUUCCAAUUGGCCGAAAUUGAUGAAAACGACCACAACGCCUGUUCGUAUCACCGAAAAAUCAAAUGUGAUCGAUUGCAUUCAUGGAAUGCGAGUACUGGCCAUCUUAUGGAUCAUUUUUGGACAUAGCUAUCUACUACUGACGUCUUCGCCAUUGAUCAAUCCGGUCGCCACCCUCGAUUGGAUCGAAUCCUUCCACAGCACUCUCAUCAUUUCCGGUCCCCUUUCCGUGGAUACUUUCUUUCUGCUGAGCGGACUGCUAACCUGCUGGACCCUACUGAAGGAACUUGACCGGAGUCGAUUCUUCAACGUUCCGCUGAUGUAUCUUCAUCGUUAUCUUCGACUCACGCCGGUGUUUGCAGCACUAAUUCUGUUCACAGUGGGGAUUCUGCCUUAUCUUGCUUCAGGUCCGCUGUGGAAUACAUCAUUGCGAUUAUCUGUUGAUCAAUGCAACCGGUACUGGUGGUCGGCCCUGUUGUAUGUGCAGAACUACGUAAAUCCCGAUCAGAUAUGCUUGGGUCAUUCGUGGUACCUUUCCGUAGACAUGCAACUAUUUCUGCUGUCCCCUUUACUGAUCUACCCUUUGUGGAAAUGGGGCAGGAAAGCUCUAGUUUUAGUUAUAUUGCUAAUCGCAGCAUCAAUCGUGUACAUUGCUGCAAUGUUCAUGGUCUACGACUUUCCUGGCAGUGUACUAAUAACCGACAUAAAGCGUGAUAACCUCACAUAUGUACCCACGCAUACACGAAUGGGUGCCUGGCUAGUUGGAGUGAUAACCGGAUACAUUCUUUACCGAACGAAAAAACGUUUCGUUCACUUGCAAAAAUCGCAAGUUGCCAUCGGAUGGAUUUUUUCCCUGGCGGCUCUAGCCGUAUGUAUUGUUGGCGCCCAUUACGUUAACCAGCCCUAUCCCAACGCUCAUGCCCAGAUCUUCGACGCACUGUACGAAUCCUUGAAGCAUGUGCUCUGGGCCGCCGGCGUAGGAUGGAUUAUUUUCGCCUGCACCAAUGGAUACGGGGGACCGGUGAACAGUGUCCUCUCGUUGCCGAUAUGGCAACCGCUGGGGAGACUAUCGUACUGUCUGUACUUGCUGCACUUGCCUAUGCAAACGGUACUGACGGCUUCGACGCGAACCGUUCGGUAUUUCAGCGAUCUCCGAGCCAUUCAUACCUUUUGGGGUGAUUUUUCGCUGACGCUGCUGGCAGCAGUUGGGUGGACCUUGUGCUUCGAAAUUCCGUUCGCCAAUUUGGACAUGCUGAUGUUGGAAAAAGUUAAGAAGACGUCGUCGCGAUAGGAAACCUUUAUCGUAUGGAUGAAGCUGAAUAAAUGUUUGAUGUUUAGCAGGAGUUAGUAUUAUUAUUAAGCUACAGAUAAAUCAAGGCUAAUCCCUAACUAGCUGCAGUUGCAGUUUAACUGAAGGUAAUUUUAUUAGUAAGCUACGGAUAAAUAACUGAACAAUUCUCACAGUGUGGCACGUUUAUAAGAUUUUUUGAAUAAAAAAAUAAUCGAAAUGAUGAAAUUGACUUUAAAGCAAUCAAGGAGUCUAUCCACUUGCGUCUUUUCACCUUUAUCCCCGCCUUUACCUGUUGAAAAGGUGACCCAGCAAACAUUAUUUGACAAAAGAAAUUAUCCUGAAUCGGCAAAUAAUCGGCCGAUUGUGCACCAACGC